AUGGGCGCUACAGAGAUUGCAGCCACUCCGGACCAUCCCCUAUCCUUUUUCCGCUGCUCUGCUUCUGCUGGGGCGGUGUUAGAUCGCCCCUCAUCGGCUGGAUCGAUGAUGGCACGCCCUGCUACAACUGGGGGUGUGUUGGAUUGCCCCCCUCCCUCCCCUCCGUCCGUAUCAGCAUUCUUCUCCCUAUGCUCUGCUCCCCAGCUGUCACCUCACGCCACACAUGCUGUCUCUGCUCCUCCUGCCACAGCUGCUGCCACUGCCACUGCCACUGCUGCUGCUGCUGCUCUCACUGCCACUGCUGCUGCUGCUGCCACUGCCACUGCCACUGUUGCUGCUGCCCGAACCUGCAAGCGAGGCUUGGAUACCACAGCAGACCACGACAGCGGUAGCAACCCUGGCACCUCCGGGCGGCGGAGCGGUGGCAGUGCUGGCUCCUCCGGGCGGCAGAGCGGGCGGCAGCGUGGCAGCAGUGGCGGGGUCAGCGGGCGGCAGAGGUACCAGUGGCUCCCGGUUGACUUGCCAGACGACGGGUACGACUGGUGCAAAUACGGACAAAAACCGCUAGUGGUGGAUUCCUGCUGUAUCCGCUCCUACUACCGCUGCUUUCUCGGCGACCCCCGCCAGGUCAGCUUGCAUCCUGACCGAGAACCCUGCCCGGCAAAAAAAAUUGUUGACUGGAGGAUCACACCGGGUGUUAUCAGCAGCGCAGUUUCCUACGCGUCUACUAGUGGACGGUUGGAAUCAGGAGCAGUAGCUGAAGCGGACCAGCCUUCUGCUGCUGGUUGCACCACUCUCCUCCCAUCUGCUAACUCUACCCCUACUGGUGCUGAUACUGCCGCUGCUGUCACUGGAGUCGCCCCUACUGCCCCUAUCUCCCCUAUAAUCAACUACCUUAACGAGCAUAACCAUGAGGCACCGAAUCCCCCUCACUCCCGCCCGCCCAUCUCCCAGCGCUUGCAUAUCCCCCUUAGACGCCUCCCCGCUUCCGUUACAGGCUUGCUGAUUCCUGGGAACGCUACACAAGGCUUGGAUAUGGCUCAGGAAUUACCUCCGACUGAAAACGCCCCUGUGGGAGAUUGGGUGCAGAAGAGGGAGGCUCGUGUAUCGGACGGUUGUGGUGGUAACCAUGUUACAGUCAAAAGUGAGGGUGUGAGCAUGGGAGGAUCCACAAUGGGAGCGGGAGCAGUGGGGACUUGUCAACCUUCAGGUUUUGGUGUGGGUUGUGUGGGUAGUGUGGGUGGUGUGGGUGCUGGUCAGAUGGAUGGACAGGGGGAGCUGGUGGGAGGAGGGAUGUUUACAGAAAAUCUGGACCUUUUGAGAGGAAAAGAGUCAGUGCAGCAGCAGCAGUGUUGGAUAGCAGGGAGUGAUGUGGCAAUGGGAGGCAUGUCAUUGCCUUUGGUGGACACAUGGCAGCAGCAGCAACAGCAGCAACAGCAGCAGCAGCAGCAGCAGCAGCAGCAGCAGCAGCAGAAGAAAAGGGAGAAGGAAGAAUUGUCAAUCUCAGCACUGCCAGCAGGCCUUCAGACGUCCCAGAGCGCAUUUCCAGCAGUGGCGACAGGAGCAGAGGUAGAAUCAGGAUUUGGCAUGGCAUGCCCUUUUGAAACCACCUCCAAAGAAGCAGCAGCGGCAGCAGCAUUGGCAGCAGCAGCGGUGGCAGGAGAGAAGGUAGAAUCAGGAAUUGGAUUUGAGAUGGAGUGUGCGGGAGCUGCGGCAUUGCGGUCUCAGUCUCUCUUAGAUCAAUACCUGGAGCGACAGCAGCAGGAGCAGCCUUUCGAGUCGACUCAGAAGAAACAGAAGGAGGAGCAGCAGCAAGCAUGGCACUCUCCACUGUGUUUCCCUGUGCUGUCAUCCUCAUCAGCCUUUACAUCUCCCACCUUCUCUCCCUGCCUCCUCCCCUCUACCACUCUCCCCUCUAUCGCUCUCCCUUCUUCUGCUCUCUCCUCUAGCGCUAUAUCUGACUCUGUUACCCGCAUGCUCAGCCAGGUAACACCUUCCCCAGUCGCCCCUUCCCAGGCUGCCUCCUCACACGCCCUAUCCUCGUUAUUAACAGCUUCAGAUGCUGGCGACCAGACUCCAUCCAUUCCAUCCGGCUCCAUUCCCUCCUCUUCUCCCCAACUUCCACUGCUUUCGAACCUCCAACUCCUAUCCCCCACUGCAAACGCCCAAGCCUUCGCCUUUCCCUCACCCUCCCACUCCCACUCCCCCUCCCCCUCUCCCUCUCCCUCUCCCUCCCCCGGGCCGACCUCGCCUCUAGAGCCAUCCUCCCCUGCCACUAUCGCUGCUGCCUUCCCCUCGACCACCCCCGCUGCAGCUUUCCCCUCCACCAGCCAAGCACACACCCUCUCACCCCCUUCGUCCAACACCCGCCUCACUCCCGCCUUUUCCCUUCCUGCUAAGACCCAUCCGCUCCCCGCAAUCCCCAUGUUACCUCAGAGCCGCAGCUCUCCUGCAGCUCCCUCCACAAUCUGCAGCAGCAGCACCCGCACAUGUCCGGCAGGAAUUCAAGGAGGCUUGGCAGGAAGUUCGGCAGGAGGUUCGGCAGGAAUUCGUGGCACAGCAGCAGCAACUGUGCGUGUGCAGCGAGCGCAGGAUCUGGGGGUUACAGAUGCUCCUUUGAGCUUGCUGCUGCUCGGCCGACGCAAGCAGCAGCAGCAGCAGCAGCAGCAGCAGCAGCAGCAGCAGCAGCAGCAGCAGCAGCAGCAGCAGCAGCAGCAGCAGCAGCAGCAGCAGCAGCAGCAGCAGCAGCAGCAGCAGCUUCAGCAGCAGCAGCAGCAGCAGCAGCAGCAGCAGCAGCAGCAUUGGUGGGAUGCGUUUGUCGAUGCUGCUCCCCUCACACAACUGAUGCCCCUGACAAUGCAGAGUGAGGGCGAGGUGAGGCGCAAGGAGAACACGGGGAAACAGAAGCCAAAAAUCCACAUCAUCAAGCCCGGACCUCAAGGACUAGAGCUGCUCAAGUCAUACCGAUUGGGAGCCCUCACGAGCAUUGAGCUAGUCACCAGUGACACCACAGGCCGCUCCUUCCUCUUGGUGUUUGACGAGAAAACGGACAGCUCACAGCCUCAAUGGACCACAAGGACAGUCGACGACAGGAACCAGCUGGUGUUUCUGCUGCUCAAGAUGUGCAAGGACUAUCUGAAAACGCUCCCCAAAGUCAUUGGGCUCGAUGUGGUCGACCUCGCGCUGUGGGCCAAGAAAAACGCCAAGUCAUUGCCAGGAGGAGCACGGCUGACAGAGGAAGGGGAGGGCGAGGCGGUGGGGGUGGAGAGCGAGUCGAUGAUGGCGCAGGACAGCCUGGUGUCUAAGGUGGAGGAGGAGGACAUGGAGGCGCUGCUGGGCACCUAUGUGAUUGGAAUUGACGAGGCAGAGGCGUUCAGCGAGCGGCUGAAGAGGGAGCUGGGGGCAUUGGAGGCCGCGAACGUUCAUGCCAUUCUGGAAAGCGAGGCACUGGUGGAGGAGGUGGUUGACAGCCUGGACGAGGCGGCGGGACGAGUGGAGGACAUGGAGAACUGGCUGAACGUGUUCAACGUGAAGCUCAAGCACAUGCGCGAUGACAUUGAAUCGAUAGAGGCGCAGAACAACAUGCUAGAGAUGCAAGCAAAGAACAACAAGAAGCUCCUAGAGGAGCUCGAGACGCUCCUCGAGUCGCUCUACAUCCCGCCGCAGUGCAUCCGCGUGCUCUCCUCGGGCUCCCUGGACGAGCAAGCCAUGCCCAACACGCUCGAGGCCGUGGGGUGGCUGGUGGAUGCCGUGAAGAAGCUGGAGCCUCCGCAGCUGGACCAGAAUUACGUCAACAUGCGCGCGGUGCGGGAGAAGAAGGCUGAACUCGACAGCUUGAAGAAUGGCUUCGUGCGGCGGGCCACUGAUUUCAUUCGCUCCUUCAUCUCCUCCACCGUCGAGGCUGCUGCGAAGUCUCAGAGGGGCCCGCCUGAUCAUAGGGAGCUGCACCGAAGAUGGUCUGCCUACACCCAGCUCAUCCACUGCCUUAAGGAGCUGGAUCCCAACGUGCUAGACAACAUUCGGCGGACGUACAUCCACUCACUCAACAUGCUGCUCAGGCGCGAGGCUCGUGAGUUCUCCACCGAUCUCCGUGCAUCAGCGCGUGUCUCCGCCAAGACCAGCACGGCCCCGCCUUUCCUUGAGCAAGGCAGUGCUGCCCUGCCGCCUGCUGCUGACUCCCAAGCUGCCAGCGACGCCUUUGCCAAGAUGCUCCGCGCGUUCCUGCCCUUGAUUUCUGAAGAGGGUCUCUUCUUCCAGCAGUUCCUCUGCUUCUCCCCAGCAGCAGACGACGAUGAAGAGCCCUUGUCUGAUGAAGAUGCGGCAGCACUGGCAGCAGCAGCGGAGCAGCUAUUCGAGGGAAUCCAUGAGGACUUUGUGGCGAUGGUGGAGUGGGUGUUCAAGGUGGACCCUCUGCGCUGCAUCACUCUCGUGGGGCACACGGAGGCGUGGCAGCAGCAGCAGCAGCAGCUGCAGUUGCAGCAUGGGGCUGAUGCCGGGGGGUGUGGAGCCGUUAUUACCAGGAAGCUUCUGCUCGAGCUGGAGACGAGAAUCAGGCAGAAUUUCUUCCGAUAUGUGGAGGAGGCGAAUGGGCAGAUUGAGCGGUACGACCGGGGCGUCAAGCAGGCGGGCGUGCUGUCGUACGUGCCUCGCUUUGCAGCGCUGGCGGUGCGAAUGGAGGGGCUGGUCAUGGGCUCGUGCAGAGACCUGGUGGACCAGGCUUAUAACAAGCUGGUGAGCACCAUGUUCUCUACGUUGGACUGCAUAGCCCAGAUUGACCCCAAGCACUGCGAUGUGCUGCUGCUGGAGAAUCAUGCGGCCUUCCAGAACAGCACAUACGACCUGGCGGGCACCAUCCCCACGCUGCGCCUCUUCUACCAGCAGUCCAUUCCAGUGAGACGUACGAGACUGCCGGCUCGAAUGGCAGCCGCUCACCUCGCACUCAUUCUCCCCAAUCCCCGCUAUCUGUGUGCGACAAGGGCUCACAAGAAGGGGAGUGACGGGGAGGGAGCGGAGUGCCUCUUCUACCAGCAGUCCAGUGAGACAUACGAGACAGCAUGCACGCGCCACAUCGACUCAGUCAUCUUCGGGGCUCUGCGUGGGCUCUCUGUGUGCGAGAAGGGCUCUCUACAGACGGCAUGCACGCGCUACAUCGACUCAGCCAUCUUCGGGGCUCUGCGUGGGCUCUCUGUGUGCGAGAAGGGCUCUCUACAGACGGCAUGCACGCGCUACAUCGACUCAGCCAUCUUCGGGGUGAGUUCCCGGGUGAACGUUCUUUCUCUGCGGAGAGUGACAAGUAGGAGGAGAGGGGCCCUGCUGCCACUCAAGUGA